AUGGCAAUAUCUCCAUUAGUUAUUGGCCGUGGCCCUCUAACAACUGAUCUAGUAAAAGGAGAUGGAAAGCACACAAGUAACGCCCAGAUUCGAGAUAUUUGGAGACUUAUUCAGGGUAGUGAUGAUUGGAAUGGCAUGCUUGAUCCAAUGAACCCACUUCUCAAAGCGGAGAUACUCAGAUAUGGUGAUUUUGCACAGCAGUGCUAUGAUUCAUUCGACAAUACUUCUUCUUCCAAAUAUUAUGGGAAUUCUAAACGCAGCAAAAGUUCGCUGGGGCAUAGAUUGGAAUUGCUUGGAAUUGGGCGUGGCUAUCAAGUAGCGAGAUAUAUUUACGCUAAUACUGCCGUGCUAAAGUCGUUUCUCAGGCCAAAAUCAGGGGAUAGAGGUUCAUGGAUGGGAUAUAUUGCUGUUUGCACAAACCCAAAGCAGAUAAAGAGAUUGGGAAGACGAGAUAUAGUUGUUGCAUGGAGGGGGACUGAAACACCACAAGAAUGGAUGGAAAAUCUGAGGGAUAUAUUAGUUCCUGCCACCUUAUCUCAGUGUACUGAAUGUCCCAGCAUACAAACAACUUUCAAACCAGAUGUUCGAAUAGAGAAGGGAUUUCUAAGCUGUUAUACCUCUGUAAAUGGAGAGUCUCAGAGCGGCGGGCUGAGCGCAAAAGAUAUUGUAGUGGAGGAAAUAAGAAGAUUGUUGACUGAGUACAAAGAUGAAGAAAAUGUGAGCAUAACGUUCACUGGACACAGCUUGGGAGCUGCACUGGCAACUAUAAGUGCAUAUGCUAUGAAACAAGUUGUAAUGGAAGAAAAUGCUACAAAAUCAGUACCUGUAACAGUCUUUGCAUUUGCUUCUCCACGUGUAGGAAAUCUAGCAUUUUCCCAACAUCUGGAGGAGAUCGGAGUUAAAGUGCUGCGUUUUGUAAAUACAUGGGAUUUGGUUCCCAAAGUUCCUGGAGUUUUUAUCAACGAGAACAUGGGAUGGAUCACUAGAUAUCUGCACUGGCUUCCAUGGACAUAUGUUCAUGUGGGAGUCCCAAUUACUUUGGACAGUAGCAGAUCUCCAGUGUUGAAGAAAUCGUAUAGUCCAGCCAGCUUCCACAAUUUAGAGGUUUAUCUACACUUGCUUGAUGGGUUUCAAGGGAACAACAAGCUCCCUUUCAAACCAUCCGGUAGGGAUCCAGCUCUGGUGAACAAGAACUCAGACUUGUUGAUCAAAAAGCUUAACAUCCCUUCUUACUGGUGGGUAAGGAGGAAUAAAGAGGUUGUAAAACGCAUAGACGGAGUACUGGUAUACUCUCCUACGACUCCCACUCCUCCUCCCCUCUAUAUACGCCCCAGUGAUUCCGAUUCCCUUUCAGGUAAUUUGCAAUCAAAUGAAAAUUUUGUGAAAUUUGAAGAUGUGCAUGAUGAACGGCAGCCUUCAGCUGCUGAAUAA